AGGAGACGGGAGGCCGAUUCCAGUAUUAAAGGCGUAAAAAACCCAGAAAAUUAUAUUUAUUAAGGUCUCGAUUUGUCGUAAGAGGAGGGGCAACAGCGACAAGACUUCGUAAGACGUUGCUGGAGCAGACAGCUUUAAUAGAACCGCUGAGUCAGUGGAAAUUCAGACGUGUGAGCCGAAGCGGCGCCUUAAACCGGCACGAACCUCCAGCUCCUCCGCCAAAAGAACAAGCCAGGCAGCAAGUCUGAAGAAAAAUGACUUCCCCCUCUUCUCAAAAAGUCGUGCUGAAAAGCACCACCAAGGUGUCCCUGAAUGAGCGGUGAGGGUCCAACGCAUCCUGACAGCAUUAUCUCAAGCCCGGGGGGAGAAAACAGAGAUACUUAAGGCAUGAAGCAGAGAGCCGUGUUGUUCUGUGGAGGUCAAUGAGGGGAGAUACCAGACCUGGCACGGACGCUAGACUGCCCACGGAGCGUGUGCUGCUCACUCAACACGGCCGCGGUCGUUUAGGAUGGGUGACGGAUUCGAGGGAAAACCUGAGUAAACAAAUAAAGAAGCGCAUCAAGUGCGGAUGCUUCCCUUUGAUGCGCUUAAGCAGAUAACGUCCGUACCGCGUUGACCUCGGUCUUGUUGGCGAUGACCAGAGGACGAGAUCUAAGUGACUUUGAACGAGGCUUUAUUAUCGGGGCGCGCAUGGCAGGAGCUUCAGUCACGAAGACUGCCCAGCUGGCUUGUGUUUCAAUAGGAACGGUCACCAAAGUGACCUCUGCGUUCAAAGUUAUGGGGAAGACGUCGGUAAACAGGGCUGGGAAUUGUGGUCGGAAGCGCGCGUUUAACGAGCGCGAUACCCGCACGUUGGUGCGCUACGUAAAGAAAAACAGAAGAGCGACGGUUCCUCAGAUAACUCGGAACGUCAACGCGGGACGCAAUCGGACUGUGUCGGCGAGAACAGUCCGGCGACAGCUACGUAGAGAGGGAUAUAGUCGGGUCGCGGUCCAAAAACACCUCAUUCCAAACACGAAGGAGGUAGAGGUGGACGGAAAACGUGAUGCGGUGUAGUUGCACGAGACUUUGGGUUUAAAAAAAUCGCGUUAAGUGCAUUAAACCCAUCGUCACACUCGCCAAGGUGCAUUUCUCUCUUAAUCCACGAGUUGGCGCUCUUUCAUUUCUGAGAGACUAAGACCUUCGUCACUGAAGUGGUCGUAGAGCAGUGGUCACUAGGCCUCCUCCUGGAGAUCUUUCCUGCAGAGUUUAGUUCGCGCUGAUCGACUCCUGAUCCUGCCAGUCAAGGACGUCUCUAGACGUCAGUUGGAGGUGUGGCUGGACUCUGAAGGCAAGUCGGAGCUUUUUUUUUAUUCCCACGCCUAGGAUGAGCAUCGUAGGGUCCAAGAACCUUCAGCACUGCACCAAGACGUGGGGUAGAGCGUCGUCAGAUUAGCCGUCCGCAAUGUUCUCCAUGGGUGGGAGAGUGCAUGUGCAGCGUACGCCGAGAAAACAGUUUGUGGUGGCUUCGGGAUGCUGUGGGCGGCAUUUUGCUGGCAGUUGUCUCUUUUAGAGUGAAGCGUCGUUGUAAAUCAGAAUAAAUGGUUUUGACUGGUCACCUCUAUCCAACCACAGGGCAUGAGGGGUCACCGAAUGGUUUAAAAGUGAUGUGAAUCAUAUGCUGUGGCCUUCACCGCCAGUUGACCGUCUUGGAGAGAUUUUGGAGUGACGCUGGCCCACGUUCUCCACCACCAUCGUUGAAGUACCAACUGUAGGAAUGCCCUUUGAAAUAAUUGUUCUGUCACUCCAGUGCGGUUCUUUGAAAGUGUUUAAGGUUGCCCAGCACCUUACGAACACACCUUAUGUAAGGUUUUUGGCUUUUACUUCUCACCCGUCUGUUGUAUUAGUUUUCUAGCAGGUGAUAUUUAACAACAUCAAAGCUGGCCGUCUUGUGUGAGCAGUACACUCCCUGCGGUGAGAGCGUUUUGGUAAUAACAGUAAGCUUCACAAACAUGAUGAAGAACAAGCAGCCGACCGCCGUGAGCAUCCGGGCUACAAUGCAGCAGCAGCACAUGGCCAGCGCUCGCAACCGCCGGCUCGCCCAGCAGAUGGAGAACAGGCCGUCAGUGCAGGCCGCCCUGCAGCACAAACAGAGUCUGAAGCAGCGACUAGGCAAGAGCAACAUUCAGGCCCGGCUGGGUCGGCCCAUCGGCUCGUUGAUGCGGGGCGGAGUCGGAGGGCGGGGCUUUGGCAUGGGAGGAAUGCGUGGAGCCGCCCGAGGCCUGAGGGGACGAGGAAGAGGCGGCGCCAUGAGAGGAGCUCUGGCUCUCAGAGGUGCAGGCCAGCUCAAGGGCCGAGGUGGUCCUGGACGCAUUGGGCUGCGCAGAGGCAUGCGCCAACGUGGAGGACCCCCUGGUAGAGGAGCCAUCCUGAGUGGACGUGGUGGAGCUGGACGAGGGGGAGCUGGACCCAGAGGACGUGGUGGUCUUCGGGGCCGCGGGGGGUUCAUCGGAAGGGGCCGCGGCCGUGGCAGAGGAAGAGGAGCCGGACGUCCCGCUGUGACGAGGGAGCAACUGGACAAUCAGCUGGACGCCUACAUGUCCAAGACCAAGGGCCACUUGGAUGCUGAGCUGGAUGCGUACAUGGCCCAAGCAGACCCUGAAAGUAUGGAGUGAUGACAGCAGUGCUCAGAGAUGGAAGGAUAGAGAGAUGAGAGCAGGGCCCAUAUAGAUCUGCAAAUAAAAAGACUGACGUUUUCAUGUCGGCCAACAGCCGAGGCAUUUCAUGUGCUGAAUGCCCACCGAAAUCGUACUGAUAUUUGGACUGAUGACGUUCCACAAACAAGUAGAGCCUUCUCUUCUACUGGCUGUUCGCUGGUCUAGAGUAGACGUAUUGCUUUGACUCAAAUGUUUGAUAAAUAUCGAUUGGAAGAAAUGAGAGAAGCUUUCUGUAAAGUGGAAAUGUUUAGGGAUAUGUAUGUAAGCCUGUCCUGCCCGUUGAGCAACAGCUUUGCCGAGCCUCUGGUCGUGAAACCCAAAACUGACAUGGACCUAGAACAGACCCUUGCUGAACUCCUCUCUUUAGAACACCCAUUAUGGCCCUGGAAACUCGAUUCAGCUGGACUUUGAAGAAAAGAGUGAAAGCCUCAGCUGUUUGGCUUCGACACAGGCUGUCCCUGAAUACAACGUCCUACGAAUGUCUUUCCCUCUCCGUUUUAUUAUAAUGGUAUUUUAUUGUGAUUUUUAAAGGUAGAAUUUUUGAAGAGGACGAUGUUAUAACUACUUUUUGCUUCUUUGUUAAAUAUAGAAAAUAUCUUGAAGUAUAAUGUAACCCACAUCCAUUUUUAUUUUGAUUUUUUUUUUUGCAUUUUAAUAAAUCUUGGCCACGAUGGACCAACAACACUGUA